AUGGAAUUUCUCAGCGAUGCGCAGAAUGAUAAUGGUAAUGGAAACUGUGCCGCCGGGGGUUUCAUGUCUCUCGUGAGGAGGAAACAGGUUGAUUCUGAUCGUCCCAAGACGACGUCGUCUCGUCAAAAUUUGGCUAAGGCUCUCACUAUUCCUCAUCUCAUAGCAAUAGGAGUUGGUUCGACUAUCGGUGCUGGAGUAUAUAUUCUUGUUGGUACUGUUGCGCGAGAGCACUCAGGGCCGGCGCUUACAUUUUCCUUCCUGAUUGCUGGGAUAGCGGCUGCUCUUUCUGCAUUCUGCUAUGCUGAGCUAGCAAGUCGUUGCCCUUCUGCUGGAAGUGCCUAUCACUAUUCUUACAUCUGCGUUGGAGAAGGUGUUGCUUGGUUGAUUGGCUGGGCAUUGAUAUUGGAAUACACAAUAGGAGGUUCCGCCGUUGCCCGUGGAAUAUCACCAAAUCUGGCCUUUCUAUUUGGGGGACCAGAUAGCCUCCCUAUGUUUCUAGCUCGCUAUACCAUCCCUGGGAUUGACGUUGUAGUCGACCCUUGUGCAGCCAUCUUAGUUGUUGUGGUCACUGGACUUUUAUGUGUGGGAAUCAAAGAGAGUACAUUCGUCCAAGGAAUUGUCACUGCUGCAAACAUUUGUGCUAUGAUCUUCGUCAUCAUAGCCGGAGGAUAUUUGGGUUUCAAGACCGGAUGGCCUGGUUACCAACUUCAGUCAGGAUAUUUUCCUUUUGGGGCGGAUGGGAUGCUUGCCGGUGCUUCAACUGUUUUCUUUUCAUACAUAGGAUUUGAUUCAGUUGCUAGUACAGCCGAAGAGGUGAAGAACCCGCAGAGAGAUUUGCCCAUGGGUAUCGGUCUUGCUCUGUCGAUAUGUUGCGCCCUGUAUAUGUUGGUUUCUGCAGUCAUUGUUGGUUUAGUACCGUAUUUCGCAAUCGAUCAAGACACUCCAAUAUCCUCAGCAUUUGCUAGUAAUGGAUGUAACUGGGCAGCGUAUAUAGUCACGAUAGGCGCUUGUACCGCUCUUUGUUCAACGUUGAUGGGUUCAAUCCUUCCACAGCCACGAAUACUAAUGGCAAUGGCGAGAGACGGAUUGCUUCCAUCAUUUUUUUCAGAUGUCAAUAUAAAAACCCAAGUUCCACUGAAGAGCACUAUCGUGACCGGUUUUCUUGCAGCACUCUUGGCAUUCUUCAUGGACGUGGAAGCGUUGUCUGGAAUGGUUAGCGUUGGCACACUUCUUGCAUUUACGAUGGUGGCAAUUUCCGUUCUAAUACUGAGAUACAUUCCACCCGAUGUUGUUCCAGUCCCAUCAUCACUUCAGGAAGCAGUAGAUUCAGUUUCUUCCAAGUAUUCUGAUGCAGACGAUGCCGAUGCUAAAGCUAUUACAUCAGAGGACCAAGUUCCAGUCCUAGUUAACAAAGACGCACCUUUAGAAGAUCCCCUUCUCAACAAAGUAGCGGUGCAGUUGAACUAUUUGACAAGUGAAGAGAACCGGCGGACUAUUGCUGGCUGGGCAAUCACGUGCACGUGCGUUGGUGUGCUCAUUCUAACUUCUGCUGCUUCAAGUCGGACUCUGUUUAGCACGUAUCGGUAUUCUCUAUGUGGGUUUGGCGGAGUUCUAGUUAUGUCCGGUCUCAUAUUGCUUACCUGGAUCGACCAAGAUGACGCUAGGCACAGUUUCGGCCAAACAGGAGGAUUCAUUUGCCCAUUUGUUCCAUUGCUGCCUAUUGCCAGCAUUCUGAUCAAUGUCUACCUAUUAAUCAACCUCGGCGGUGAUACUUGGAUGCGCGUAUCAGUGUGGCUAGCGAUAGGUGCACUCGUUUAUGCUUUUUAUGGCCGGAACCAUAGCUCGUUGCAGAAUGUCGUCUACGUUCCUGCAGCUCACGUUGAUGAAAUCUACGACAGUGUCUCUCAACCUCACCCGUGAGAUGGUCUCUCUAAAGAAAAGCACUCGUGUGGUUUUAGUAGCGAGGAUUUUCCGACGACGGCGAACGGGUGAAGAAAAAAAAGAAAGAAAAACAUAUACGUUUAUGUCACAUUGUAGCAUUACUUUGUCAAAUUUCAGAUCAUAGCUAAUAGGGGAAAAGAAAAGAAAAGAAAAGAAAAGAAAAGAAAAGAAAAAGGAAAAUAUAUGAAAUGCAUUAUAGUGUUGUGAAUAGCACGUAUUUCUUGAGUCACAGAGUCCUGCAAUGGUACACAAUCUGUAAAUAGUGUGGUAUUGUUAUUCUAUUAAUAUUCAAAACAAUUUUUUUU